UCAAUUUAUUUGAUUUAAAGUGCGUGAUUGUAAAGAUAAUGAAUGUGACAAAGUACAAAUGUUAAUGAGUUAAUGAUCUCAAUAAAUAUAUUUAAGAAAAUAACGUUGUUUUAAAUAUUCUUAAUAAUUAAAAUCAUUAUAUGUCAAUUAUUUACUAUAUGUUUAUUGCAGAUUUAAAUCUCAUCAAGCGUAUCAGAGCAAACGUCGUUACAAGUCAAUCAAGUACAUUUGCUCCUUAUCAGAAUCCAUCCGAUUUUAAUUCAAGUAAAGCAAUAGACGGCGUUCAUAAUUAUUCGAUUGAUUCAUGUAAAUGCUGCAGUGUAACAGACGGACAUAUCCCUUCGUGGUGGCAAAUUGAUCUUACACAAAGAUACUUGAUUGGUGCUAUUCAGAUAUUUGGUCGAGAAUCGGGUUAUCCAGAGCAAUUGCAACAUGCAGUAGUAUAUGCUGGCAAUGCAUCCAUGGCCUCCAACAUGACAUCGAAUAAAAUGAAGGUUUACGAAGUUCCUAAUAUAACUGACACUCGAAUCUUUACAAAUGACUUAGAUCCACUGAUUGUGCAAUACUUUUUGGUAGAGCUGCCACAGAAGGUUUUGACUUUGUGUGAAUUCAAGUUAUAUGAGAAAGAAUGUAAAGCCGGUUAUUUUGGAUCGGGAUGUUUGCAUGGUUGUCAUUGUUCAGACAAUAAAAAAUGUGAUCAAGUGACAGGGGAAUGUCAGACACCUGGUUGCCUGGUAGGCUGGAAGGGUGGAGCAUGCACAGACCCAUGUAGUCAUCGCACAUUUGGUGAGAACUGUUCUUCAGUAUGUCAUUGUUUUAACAACUCAACUUGUGAUGCAGUUUCUGGAAAGUGUCACGUUGGUAUUUGUGAUCCUGGUUGGAGAACGGAAAGCUGUGACAAAUCAUGCUAUCAUGGAAACUUCGGUAUUGGGUGUAACAAAACGUGCCAUUGUAAAGACAACACAAGCUGUGAUCAUAUAAGCGGACAUUGUGAUACAGGAUUGUGUGAUCCGGGCUGGUUAUUACCUACAUGUAGCAAAGCAUGUGGCCAUCGAAGAUUCGGACAGAAUUGCACUUCGGUUUGUCAUUGUUUAAAUAAUGCAAGUUGCAAUGCAAUAUCCGGAGAAUGUCACAAUGGUAUAUGUGCCCCUGGAUGGCAAACUCCUAGUUGUGAUAAAGCAUGUGACCAUCGAAGAUUCGGACAGAAUUGUACUUCGGUUUGUCAUUGUUUAAAUAAUACAAGUUGUAAUACAAUAUCUGGAGAAUGUCACAAUGGUAUAUGUGAUCCUGGAUGGCAGACUCCUAGUUGUGAUAAAGUAUGUGAUUUUCGUGCCUUUGGAUAUAAUUGUUCAUCAACUUGCCAUUGUCUUAACAAUACAGAUUGCAACAGUUCAACGGGGCGAUGCUAUAUCGAAUUAUGUGACUUUGGUUGGCAAGGUCCUAGAUGUGAUGAAGAACAGAAUAUUUUGAGACAUUUAGAUGCGCAGACAGACAUGUCAUCAACAUUCCUUAACUGGACAUCAAAUCUCGCAAUCGAUGGUAACAUUGGUCCAAAACCUGACGGUUGCAAUUGUUGUAGCGGCACAAAGAAUUCUGCAAUAUCCUGGUGGACAGUAGAUUUGGGAAAACAGUAUCCUAUAAAUAGUGUUACUGUGUUCAGUAGAGAGUUUGAUCAGUUAUAUCAGCAGCUCGCCGAUUUUGAGCUAUAUAUUGCCCAAGAUACUGGGAAAAACUCGUUUCGUCUGGUGGAAAAUAGCACAAGAAGAAUUGAUGGAAAUAAACACGUCCUUACAUUUUCAAAUAAAUUGACAAGAUUCAUUAAGAUUCAGAGACCAGGCGUCCUUACUUUGUGCGAAGUGAUGGUGUCUGAAGGGGAGUGUCAGGUGGGAACAUUUGGCGAAGAAUGCUCCGAGAUAUGUCACUGUGGUGAUGACCUUGCAUGUGAUAAAAUAAGUGGAUAUUGUCAGUCAGAUGCAUGUAAAUCUGGUUGGAUCGGUAAAUCUUGUAACCAAGAAUGUCCGAAGAACAGAUUUGGUGAUCGAUGUAGUGAGACUUGUUUUUGUGCUGAAGGUACAUGCACUAGUAACUAUGGGGUAUGUCAGAACGGUUGUCAACAAGGGUACACUGGCUCUCAUUGCAAUCAAGUUGAUGAUUUCAACAAUCAUACCCGUCCAGCUAACGAAGAGAAGAAUACAGCAACUCUCAUAGCAGUUGUUGUUGGCGGAUCAAUUGCUGGUCUGAUCAUAUGUGUAUUAGUAGGUGUGGUUGUAGUAAAAUUAAGACGGAAACGCAGGUAAGUAAUUUAUUAAACAUAUAAAUAUUCACAAAACUAUUGAUUGCAAAUAUUUUUAAUUCAAUUACUUUGAAAAACAUGAACACAGUAUACAAAAAGAAUGUGCUGAAUUCAACGUAUGUUUAGUUUAAACAUAUC